CUGCGCUGUUCAUCCAAAGAAAGAAAGCUCGAAAAGGAAGACAAAAUAAAAAAGAAAGAUAAUAUUUUUAUAAUUGUGCUCUGUGAAAGAAGAAGAAGAAGACCUAGCUUCGCCGCCUCCUCUGAUCGGAGAAGAUUCUCUCUUUCUUCACUGCGUUUUAUUGAUCUCCGGCUAGCUACUCGAUUCUCCCAAUUUCAUCAUCCCUUUGAAGUUUGAUCGAUCCUUCUCCUGUGGAUUUUUGUUUUCUGACCGAGACUUUGGCACUGAUUUAUCGAAUCGAGGAAGAAGUUGAAGGUGUUGACGUUUAAGAAAUCGAAACCGUGCGUUACGGAUUUGUGUGAAAUCGAAAUCAUCUGGAGGAGUUUUGAUCUGAUCUAUCUAUAUCUCACAUCGAUGGCGGUUUUGGUGUUUUGAGUGAUGAUUUAAAAGUUUGGUCUACAGGUGAGGAUUACACUGGGCAUACACCCUUAAUUUUGUGGGUCAAGUGAUAAAGAAGUGAAGAAAAAGAUUUCUACUUGUGUAUGGGAUUACACUGAAAGUAUGACAAGCACUCGCAGUGUAGAGGUUAAGGCUACCAUCGAUACUGGUCUUCCUUGGAAAGUGGUGGCUACUAAAGGUAGCAGGAGUUCGACAAGGCGGACUAAGAAACAAAUUGCACUAGCUGCAGCCCCAGAUAUUGAGGUAGAUUAUAAGAGUUCAGCAGGUACAGCAGCGGAAGGAGAUUCAGAAUCGGAAAAGCUUGGCGUUUCUGUUCUGGGCCAGCAUUUUGCAGAAAGAGUAGAGCAUGUUCCGAUAAAGAAACGGAGAUUUAUGGUUCCCUCUCCAUCACCUUUGAAUAAGUCAUCUGCUCGUGGUGAAGGCUCAAAACAUCGUUUAGAGACCAACCAUGCUCUGCCUGUUUCGAUUUUGAACCCUAAUUUAAUGGGACGGAAAACAGCAGAAGUCUCUGAUGAUAAACCCGAUUGCAGCAGUCAUGACUUCUCUGGUAUUAAGAUACUUGCAGAAGUUGCUUGCAGUAGUGGUAUGAUUAGUGAUAUUGCAUCCGCAGCAGACAGUCAGCCUGUUGAACUUGUUCAGCAGCAAGAUGCUUUGACCUUAUCUACUCAUGUGGAAAGUAAUGAUUCAUCAACUGGCAUUGUCGAUGUCUCUGGGAAAGAUACUACAAUUGAAUCCAGUGACAAGGUUGGGGAAGACAAGAGCGAAAUCAUAGUGCCUCCAAAUGUUCUGAAUGAUACUUUGGGUAAUGCUUUGGCUACUGAUCAGAGUGAAGAACAUAGUAUAGUAGCAUCUAGUGGUUUGAUAGUGGCUCAGAACAUCAGCAUUGCUGUUUCAAAUGAAUCCUCAACAGAAAGGCCAAAGGAAAUUAAGGAAGCUGGUGAUAGCGGAAAUUUAGCACCACAUAGUGAGACUGUCAAUAUGUCAGAGAAAUUAUCUGAUGAUGAGCGCACUGGAAUGGGUAAGAGCACUGAAUGUCUUACAGAUGAUAGGUUACUCUGGGAUUUAAAUCUUCCAACAGAUGCAUGGGGUCAACCUGGUGAUGUAGUCGAUGAAGCAUCCCGAAGAUAUUCUGAUAGAGAAGUCACUGAGUCUGUUACAGGGAAUGGACAUGUUGAUGGUAGUAAGGACUAUGUGGCUGACCUGAUUGCAUCAGAUUUGCAGACGAAUUCUCCAUCCCCGUCUGGGCCCAAGGCUGAAGCCUCUGCCCGAAAUGGGAAGGAGUGCCAAUCUGGUUAUGAUUCCCAGUUUGAGGAUGGAGAGUUGAGGGAACCAUACCCUUGGGAAGAAAAUGAGGGCGACAGCGGAGAUGUUGAACAAGUGGAUUAUGGGUCUGAGCCAGAGAAUGAGCGAUUCUACUCUUUGGCUGAAAGUAAUGAGAAUAAGUUAGAGGAUGUUGAGAAGGGAGUCUUGCCAGAGACAAAGUGUAGAGCUGGCAAGUGUGAUUCUGACAAUUUGCAUGAAGGAAGUAGUGAUGUAGAGAAGCAUGUUGUGAGUGAGAGGGACGUUGGUCCUAAUAAAUUUAUCGGGAGAGACAGAUCAGGGAUGCGUAUGCGAAGCAGGAGUCCUGGGAGAGGACAAUUUGGCGGCUGGGAUUCCAAGCGCCGCUUCUCCCCACCUAUUUAUAAAGGUGGUCAAUACGGUUUUGGACGUCCCCGUCCUAAAACCGUUGUGGAGGACCGAGUUAUGAUGAAUGGCUUUAAUCAGCCAGGGCCAGGCCCUGGCCAAGGCCCACAUGGCUAUGUACGUAGGCAGUUCUCAAAUGGAGGAUACCGGGGUCGGUUCAGAAGGUUCCCAGAUGGCAGCGGGAAUCGUGAUUUCAGAGGCGUUGAUCGCCCCUUUCCUCCCGGUGAUGGUAAUGACUAUCCAAGUCGCAUGCACAACAACCGGGUGAACAAUAGGAGAGAGAGAAGCAACUCCCCUCCUGUCUUCAGGAGAUUGAACGACCCUCAAUCACGGUCCAGGUCCAGAAGCCGUUCCCCAGGCUCAUGGAACGGGCGGAACAGAUCUCCUCCUGGGUUCAGGGGUGAUGAAAACAGGAUGGAGAGAGUGAGGUUGCCUUUCCAGAAACGGUUUCCGCUGGAUCAAGAGAUGGGAUUCAUGUCGCCGCCAAGAAACCAACGAAACUCGAGGUUUUUCGAUGGCAGAAACAAUGAUGCUGGUGGGGAGAAUCAUCACAACAACUUGAGGGGAAGAAAAUCGCCACCAGGAAGGAUGUUUAGACCAGAACAGAGAUUUGACAACAACAUGAGAAGAGUGAAUUUGGAGAACAAUAAUUUCAGACCAUUUAUGCGCCAUAAUAAUAACAAUAGAAGGUUUGUUGAUGGUGGUGGAAGCCGAGGAGGGUGUAAAUAUGAGGGAGUGGAGGAGGAGAAGAAUGGGAACGGGAACAGGUAUGAGAUGGUGCAUCGGCCUCCUCAUCCGCCUCGGCGUUUGGAGGCAAUGGAAGAAGACGGUGAUGACAUCCGACGGUUCAGAGUAAACACAGAACAACAACACUCUGUUGUUUCCAACAACAAUAACAACAUCGAGGCGUCGUAACAAAUAAAAUAUAAACACUUUUGGGUUUUGAUAGAUUGUCUUUUUCAUCUUUUGGGAUGACACCAGAGUUUUAGGGGGAUGCAGAAGAUGCCUGGUGUUUUUCUUCUUGUUUAGGGUUUAGAGUUUCCACAGGAGGGCUUCUAGAUUUUGUUGCUGUGUUUAUUCACUGCUCUCUUUUCCUUUCUUGGAAAGUAGUUUUGUAGAGUAAAAAAAUGAAAUCUUUCUGCAGUUGCUUUUUUUGGCUAAAGCUUGGAUGCUGAGUUCUUAACUU